UGAGAUUUUCCUUGACUUGGUUUGGAACUUUCAUGGUAACUGAUUGGAAAUAUCUUAAAACCAUAAAAAAAUGGAAAAAAUCUUUGGAACUUUCCUGGAGAUGAUAAACAGCUUUGGUCCCUAAUUGCCUCAUAAUUUCUGCUGAAAUAGAGAGAGCUUCUCAUAACCAAAGUUAUUCUCAUUCUGUCUGUGAAAUCAAUUCAUACACACUUUAGACAACAUGAUGCAUAUUCUAAUCCAAAUUUGGAAAUGGUUGAUGCAGCCAAAGUUGUGGAGGUUUGUGGGUUUUGUUUCAUCCAUUGUUGGAUUGCUCUGUUAUGGUCUAAGCUCUUCCUUCAACUAUCUCUUUGGAGAUUGGAAUCUGUUGAAGAUUUUCCUUUACAGUGUUUUCAGCUUAAUCAUCAGCCUCAUCAUUUUAUUUGCAAAGACAUGGCAACACUCAACAAGUCUUCGAUUCAAAGCUCACGCAGCAUUUUUGGUAUUAACAAUCACUUCACUCUAUUCAUUUUUCUUUGAUAAAGUAAUGAAUGGAAAACCAGAUGCAUAUAGUCUACUUUCAUGUGCUGCUUUUGCUAUCAUGUUACUAAGUUUGUCACGGAAAACUCAAUGCGGAUUUGAAGUGGAUCUUCUUUACUUUUUUCUCGGAUGUCUAAUUGUGCAACUCAUGAAGAUUAAACUGCAGUUAUUCAUUGUUGGAGCAGGUUUCGGUUACUUAAUUAUUAUUCUACGUUCUUCUUUCUCUUCUAUAGAUGUUGUAAUAUAUAAUGAAGAACUUACUAGUCCCCAAGAUGAAAAUCUGGUAAUUAUUGAAGUCAAUUCAGAUUCACUGCAACUAACCAGUACCGAUAUUGGUAGCAGUAUGGUGGAACAACUCAGUAACUAUGUGAAGGCACUUCGGCAAGAAAAUUCAAAUAUCAUCGAAAAGCUUAGAGAUGAUUCUGGAUUUAUUAUGUCUGACCCUGAGUUCAUGAUCAAGGCCUUGCCAACUGAAACAAUCGACAACCUUCACAAAACAGCCAAGUUGAUGGUUAGUGCUGGAUUUGAGAAGGACUUCUCCGACGUGUAUAUCAGUUGCCGUAAGGAAUGUUUGGUAGAAAGCUUCACAAGGUUAGGGUUCAAGAAACUCACCAUCGAGGACAUUCAGAUGUUGUCAUGGAAGGAAAUUGAAGACGGUCUUAAAAGAUGGAUUAAAGCUUCCAAAGUGGCUUUGAAGAUAUUGUUUCCAACUGAGCGACGAUUAUGUGAUCGGGUUUUCUUUGGGUUCUCAUCCACCGCUGAUUUAUCAUUUAUGAAUGUCUGUAUGGAAUUUACACUUCAGUUGCUGAAUUUUGCCGAUGCUAUUGCCAUUGGAAGCCGAUCACCUGAGCGGCUGUUUAGCGUCAUCGACAUGUUUGAAACAAUGCGUGACCUCAUUCCAGAGUUUGAGUCUCUGUUCCGUGAUCAAUACAGUUUGUCGCUGCAAAACGAAGCAACCACAAUUUGGAAGAGAUUGGGAGAAGCGAUCAGAGGCAUUUUUGCGGAGUUGGCGGAUCUGAUUCGCCAAGAUCCGGCAUGGGAUGCGGUUCCCGACAGUGGUGGACUUCACCCGAUUACCCGUUACGUGAUGAACUAUCUCCCUGCUGCUAGUCGAUCACGGAAGACCCUGGAGCAAGUGUUUGAAGAAGAUUAUGAGAAUCCAUUGAAGGAAUAUCCCAAAAUUGAGGAUAGAAUGCAUUGCUCUAAUUCCUCUCUCUCAGUGCAGAUGCGUGUGAUUAUGGAGCUAUUAGAGAGCAAUUUGCAAGCCAAAUCCAAAAUCUAUGAGGAUCCUGGUUUGUACUAUGUUUUCUUGAUUAAUAACAGCAGGUACAUUAUUCAAAAGACCAAAGAUAGUGAAUUAGAAACUAUUUUAGGAGACGAUUGGAUCAAAAAACACAUUGAAUACAGCAAUGGAUCAAUGCAGCCUAAUGAGGUAGAAAGUAGAUGAAAAAAAAGUUAAAAUCGUUCAACAUGCCAUUUGAAGAAAUAUGCAGGGUUAAAUCAUUAUUUAUCUUUGAACUUCAAUGAGAUGUUUCAAAGAGUUCUUGAACUUGGUAAGUAUGCUGAUAAAUAUGGUGGAUAUCACAGCGAGACUAGAAGACUUGUUUCUUGGAAACAUCAAAUCCACCGGUAGCCGAAAGUGAAGCUUAAUAUGUAUGUUUUUUGUUUAUAUGCAUGUAUUUGUUGUGUAGUUGAAAUAACAAGUUUUGAUUGUCAAAAUAUGUUAUGAUUAAAAUAAGGAAAAUGCUAAACAGUGCUCCGGGGCACUGCAUUAACAAGGAAAUUUUGUCUCGAAACUUGUGUAUUCAAGUGUAAAAAAUUAUCUUCUUUAUGUUAAUUUUGUUUCUUAUUUUCUUUUUUAGUAUGCUUAACAAGUGCUCGGGUUAAAAUGAAUAAAAAAUUCUCUUAACAAGUACGUUUCAUUUUAAAAGAGGUUGUGAUGUCAUUUUAAACAAAAAUUAAUUUGCACCUUGUUUUCCAUUUGUUUUAUGUGUCAUUAGUUUGUCCUAACUUCUUGUAUUAGUCUAACUUAUUCAAAAGAGGGCUGUAUUAGUCAGCUCCUACUACCAUUACUCAUUUCUUGUAUAUUUAAAUUGCUUUCACACAUCAAAAUAAUACUUUAAGUAGCUUUUUGGUUCGUUUCAUAGAAAUUUCAUAUGAAAUAAGAGGAUAAGAAGCUUCCUAAAAAAAAAGAAGCCAAAAAAAUUUGUUCACAUAUCAGUAUAUAAUAUAUAUGUCUGUGAAAGCAGUUUCAACUCUUAACUCACUAAAGAGAGAACAUGAAGUAUUUUAUAAUCAAAAUUCAAAGAUGGCUUAUGCAUAAAAAUGUAUGGAGAGUUGUGGGCUUCAUUGCAGCUGUUGUUGGAUUGCUUUGUUAUGCUCUCAGCUCUUCCUUCAACCAUUUAUUUGGAAAUUGGAAUUUGUUGAAAAUAUUUCUUUACUGUGUUUUCUGUUUCAUUAUCUGUUUGCUGAUUUUAUCAGCAAUGAUAUGGAAUCACUUGAGAAGUCUCAGGUUCCAAGUUCAAUUCCCAUUUUUGGUUUUAACCAUUACCUCAGUAUAUUCCUUUUUCUCCGAUAAAAUGAUCAAUGGGAAACCAGAUGCAUUUAGCCUCAUUUCAAGUGUUGCCUUUGCUAUCAUGUCUCUCAGUUUGUCGCGGCAAAGUCGGUGCGGAUUUGAAGUCGAUCUUCUUUACUUUUUUCUCGGAAAUCUUAUUGUGCAGCUCAUGGAUUAAAUUGGCAUUAUUCAUUGUUGGAGCUGGUUUCAGCUAUUCUGUUAUUAUUCUUCGCUCUUCUUUUCCGUCCAUUUCCAUAGAUGAAGGACAAAUUAAUGAGUACCCCAGAAUCCAAGAUGAAAAUUCGGUAGUUCUUUGUGUCAUUUCACCACAAUUGGACAGUACUGAUAUUGCUAGUAGCAUGAUGGAACAGUUCAGGACUUGUGUGAAUGCGAUUCAGAAGGAAAUGUUUUAUGUCAUGGACAUUCUUUUGGAACAGCUAAAGGAAUACUUUGAGGAUACAUCUGAGUUUAUGAUGUCAGAACGCAGCAGUGAAGGAGUGAUCAUAUUGGAAGCACUGUGCCCGGAAACGGUCAACAACUUACAGGAAAUAGUGAAGUUGAUGGUGAACGCUGGUUUUGAGAAGGAGUGCUCCAAUGUUUACAGCAUUUGUCGGAGGCAAUGCUUGGAGGAAUGCCUAAUAAAACAAUUAUUAGGUUUGGAUAAUCUUACUAUCGAGGAACUUAACAUGAUUUCAUUUAAGGAUUUCAAACACCGGGUUAAAAAAUGGAUUAAGGCUUCCAAGGUUGCUCUCAAGAUAUUGUUUCCCACCGAACGGCAACUCUGUGAUAUUGUUUUCUUCGGAUUCUCUGCCAUCUCCGAUCUCUCGUUUACAGAUGUUUGCAGGGAAUGCGCCACUCAUUUGCUGAAUUUUCCCACUGCCUUGGCGAAUGAAAGCCAUUUGCCAGAACAGUUGUUUAGAAUGCUCGAUGUGUUUGAAACAUUGGGCGACCUAAUUACGAAUUACGAAUUUUCAGUCUCUUUUUUGUUAUCAAUACAGUGUAUCACUAACUAAUGAAGCGAACACAGUUUUGAAGAAAUUGGGAGAAGCAAUAGUGUGCAUUUUCAUGGAGUUGGAAAAUGUGAUUCGCCAAGAUCGGAUGAAUGUGCCAGUUCUCGUUCUUGGUGGCGGGCUUCACCCCAUUGUUCGUUACAUGAUGAAUUACCUAACCAACACAUAUGACUACCAUGAUAUACUGGAGCAGUUAUUUGAAGACCAUGGACAUAUGUUGCAGCAAUACGUCAAGCUUGAUGAUAAUGUGCCCUCCUCGUCCUCUUUUUGCAUUAACUAGUAUAGAAAAUAGAUUUUAAUCUAGUUUUCAAAGCUUUCUAAGUCGCUUUCACAAUCAACUUAAAUGUCUGAUCUUAGUUUGUGAAACUUAAAAUUUUAUAAUUCGCCUCACUUAAAAUUUAGAGAGCAAUUUGCAAGCCAAAUCCAAAAUCUAUGAGGAUCCUGGUUUGUACUAUGUUUUCUUGAUUAAUAACAGCAGGUACAUUAUUCAAAAGACCAAAUAUAGUGAAUUAGAAGCUAUUUUAGGAGACGAUUGGAUCAAAGAACACAUGGAAUAAGGUGCUGAAAUUUUUGAAGUUGGACAGCAAAGGAUCAAGCAGCCUAAUGUGGUAGAAAGUCGAAGAAAAAAAAGUUAAAAUCGUUCUACAUGCCAUUUGAAGAAAUAUGCAGGGUUAAAUUUUUAUAGUUUAUCUUUGAACUUCAUUGAGAUGUUUCAAAGAGUUCUUGAACUUGGUAAGUAUGCUGAUAAAUAUGGAGGAUAUCACAGCGAGACUCGACGACUUGUUUCUUGGAAACAUCAAAUCCACUGGUAGCCGAAACUGAAGUUUAAUCUGUAUGUUUUUUUUUUUGUGUAUAUGCAUGUAUUUGUUGUGUAGUUGAAUUACAAAGUUUUGAUUGUCACAAACAUAGUUGUAAAAGAUGCAUGACUUUGUAUAAUAAAAUAAAAUAUUUGUGAUUACAUCUAAAUCAAAAUAUGUUAGUAUAAUUUUUUGGAUUUAGCAACAACAAAAAAGAGAAUGAGAGGGGAUUGUGCGGCUUCUCCUGUUUAAGGAGGAGACAAAUUCGUUUCUUUCUCCUAACAAAGACGUGUCCAACUAUGCUAUAUGAUUGGUUGUAAUGUCAUUUUAAACAUAAAUUAAUUUGCACAUGAUUUUCCAUUUGAUUUGUUUGUCAUGAUUUUCCAUUUUAACUAAAUUAUCGUAUUAGUCCAUUUUAUUUCAAAAGAGGGGGCUCUGAUUAGUCAAUUCCUACUACCGUCUACCAUUAAUCAUUUCUUAUAUAUUUAAAUUACUUUCACUGAUCAACUUUUAACUUAUUAAGAAUUAAGAGGAUAGGUAGCUUAGCUUCCUUAAAAAAAAAAAAAAACCAAAAAAAAUUGUUCACAUCUCAGUAUAUUUGUUCCUUAAAAAAAAGCAGUUUCAACUUUUAAGAGAGAACAUGGAGCAUUUUAUAAUCCAAAUUCAAAGAUGGCUUAUGCAUACAAAUGUUCAAACCAAUAAAAAAUUUGAUUCUCAUGAUGGAUAUGGUGCCGCCUGAAACAAUGAACAAACUUCAUGAAAUGGCAAAGUUGAUGGUGAACACUGGUUUUGAAAAGGAGUGCUAUAAUGUUUACAGCAGUUGCCGGAGGGAAUGGUUGGAGCGCAAAAUGAAACAAUUAUAAGGUUUAGAGAAUCUUACUAUUGAGGAUGUUAACAAGAUUUCAUGGAAUGAUCUUAAACACCAGAUUAGAAGUUGGAUUAAGGCUUCAAAGGUUGCUCUCAAGAUAUUGUUCCCCACUGAGUGACGACUCUGCGAUCUAAUAUUCAGCGUAGCAGCAGCAAACAGAAGUCGUUCGCCUGAUUGGUUAUUCACAAUCCUUGACGUGUUUGAAAUAUUGCGGGAUCUAAUUCCAGAGUUUGAGUCUCUUUUUUGUGAUCAGUUCUGUGUGUCGCUAAGGAAUGAAACAAACACAACUUUGAAGAAAUUGGCAAAAGCAAUAGUGGAGAUUUUCAUGGAGUUGGAAAAUGUAAUUCGCCAAGAUCUAGCAAAGGCAGCUGUUCCCGAGGGCGGGAUUCAUCCCAUUAUCCGUUACACGAUGAAGUACCUCUGCCUCAUUUGUGACUAUCGACCGACGCCAGAGCAGGUAUGGACAUAUGUUGAGGGAAUACCCGAAGCUUGAUGAUAGUGUGCCAUCCCCUUCUUCUCUUUCACUGCAUAUGGAUCGAAUUAUGGAGGUAUUGGAGAGUAAUUUGGUAGCCAAAUCUAAAAUCUAUAAAGACUCUUCUUUGGGCUAUGUUUUCUUAAUGAAUAACAACCAAUACAUACUUCUCAAAACGAAGAACAAAGAUAUAAGGAAACUUUUAUCGGAUGAUGUGAUUCAAAAACACAAAGCAAAUGUUUUGUACAACUACGACCAAUAUCGGAGAAGCUCAUGGCAACAAGUGUUGAGAUGUGGAUAUUUAUUAGGUGGUGUCUGUUUUAGUAUUUUCAUUGGUGUUCCGCUUAUAUACGACACCUUUGUUUUGCAGCCCCUCUUUUACCGGUCUCCGUUCGUGUUGUGCAAAGACCUAGUUUUUAUUAAUAAUAUAUUUGCUGUUUCAAAAAAAUAGGUCAUACAUAUUUUACAACUACGUUCAUGACAGUUGCAUACACACAAAAAAAAACAUACAUCUUUAGGUUUGUUUUCGUCUACCAGUUGAUAAACUGCAUCCCCUCAAACAAACCUUCAAUUCUUGCUUCAAUAUUAUCUGCUUCAUACUUAAUAUAUUUGUCAGCAUGCUUACCAAGUUCCGGAACACUUCGAAACCUCCCAAUGAAGUUUCCAUAAGCUGGCAACAAGGUUUUCUUAAUGGAAAUCCUUAUUUCUUCCCUAAGCUGUUCAUCAAUGACAGACCAUGAAGAUUGAACCCUGCAUAUUUCAUCAAAUAGCGUGUUGAAUGACUUCAGCUUCUGUUUCAUUGACUCAGCUACCUCAUUAAGCUGCAUUGAUCCGUUGCCGUCCAACUUCAAAAUGUCCAACACCUUAUUCCAUGAGAUUCUUUGAUAGUUCUCACGGUGUUGCUGAAUUUUCGCUGUAUAUUUUUGGAUCACAGCAUCCCCUAAAAUGGUUUCCAAUUUACUAUCUUUGGUUUUAUGAACCAUGUACAUGCAGUUAUUCAUCAAGAAUACAUAGAACAAAGCUGGGUCCUUGUAGAUUUUGCUUCUGGCUUCCAAAUUGUUCUCUAAUAGCUCCAUAAUCGAAUCCAUCUGCAUUGAUAGCGUAGAAGAAGAAUGCAUUCUAUCCUCAAUUUUGCGAUAUUCCUUCAACAAAUGCCCAUGGUUUUCUUCAAACACUUUCUCCAGUGUCUGCCAUGACUCGCAUGCAACACGAAGGUAUGUCAUCACAUAACAGGUAAUUCCAAGAAGCCCACAACUGGAAGAGGCCCCCAUUGCUGCAUCUUGGCGGAUCCGAUUCUCCAACUCCAUGAAAAUGCCUCGGAUAGCUUCCCCUAGUCUCUUCCAAAUUGUGGUUGCUUCAUUUUGUAGCAACCCAAUUAAUAUAGAUUCAAACUCUGGAAUUAGGUCACGCAUUGUUUCAAACACAUCGAGGACUCUAAACAACGUCUCCGGUGACCGGCUUCCUAAGGCGAUAGCAUUGGCGAAAUUUAGCAGCUGAAGUGUAGAUUCCCUGCAAACACAUGUGAACGAUAUAUCAGCGGAAGUGGAGAACCCAAAGAAAACCUGAUCGCAUAAUCGCCGCUCAGUGGGGAACAAUAUCUUGAAAGCCACGUUUGAAGCCUUAAUCCAUCUUUCAAUCUUGUCUCUAAAGUCCCCCCAUGACAUAUUCUGAACUUCCUCUACACUAACCUUUUGAAACCCCAGCUUUGAGAGGCAUUCGUCCAAACAUCCUCUCCGGCAACUGAUAUACACGUCAGAAAAGUCCAUCUCGAAUCCAGCUCCAACCAUCAGUUUCGCAAUUUUGUGAAGGUUUUCGAUUGUUUGUGGUGGUAUAGAGUCUAUCAUGAGAUUCAAAUUUUCUUUUGGUCUAAGCACUGCUUCGAAAUUACGGUCAGAAACUGUCAAUUCAGAAUCAUCACCAAGGUAUUCUUUCAACUGCUCCAAAAGCAUAUCAAUAAUAUUUGAAUUUUCUUGCCGAAGCGCAGUCACACAAUUACUUAGUUGUUCCAACACACAACUACGAAUACUUGCCAGUUGUGGUGAAUGCAAAUUGACUUCAAUAACGACCAGAUUUUCAUCUUGAACGAUAGUAGGAUCUUCAUUAUAUAUUACAACAUUUAUAGAAGAGAAAACAGAACGAAGAAUAAUAAUUAAAUAGCUGAAUCCUACUCCAAGAAUGCAUAACUCUAAUUUAAUUUUCAUGAGUUGCACAAUUAGACUUCCGAGGAAGAAGUACAUAAGAUCAAUUUCAAAUCCGCACUGAGUUUGUCGCGACAAACUCAGUAACAUGAUAGAAAAAGCAGCACAUGAAAGCAGA